UCCUUCUGUUGAGGUGUGGAUUCUGAGAGCUCUGUUAUUGCUGUCUGUUCAGGUUUCGGAGACGUGGGUGAUGCAGUUUGGGAUCCAAUCUCUCUACGCAAGUUUAGUUGAAGAUUUCUAGAAUUGGGUGCGUAGGAACUUGAAGCAUUGGUCAAGUUUUUGGGGGUUUGAACCUGCUCUUUCUGUCUCUUGUGGCUGUGUAUAGUGGUUUGGAGUGGUUUGAAGAAUUCUGCGAUGGCGGUGGUGGCGUGUAGCCCUUGUCACUGCACUCCCAUGACCUUGAAGUCAUCCGACUUGAGCUCAUUGUCAUCGCCUUUGCCUUCGACUCUUCACAUUUUGGACUUAACAUCAAGAAGCGCCAGAGGGAAAAGUCAGCACAGGGUUUACUCUCCCACAUUCGAGUUGCGGACACCGCAAGCGCUGGGAUCUCCUCCAGGGUUUGAAGAAAGUGAAAGGAUUGGCGGUGCAAGACGAGCGGCGCUGUUUGGGCUGGAGACGCAAAUGCGUCAGAUGCUGGGCCGGACUCAUGCCCUUGGAUCCCUCCCCGAUCUGGACAUGUUCAAUGAUCCGAGGUCUUUCGAGGAAGACUUCAGGAAAACGGGAUUGUCAACCAUGAGCUCAAAGAAUCCAGGUUACUCCUACCGUUGGCGCAGAGUGCUGUUGAAAGUCAGCGGGGAGGCUCUUUCAGGGGAUGGCACCCAAAACAUAGAUCCCAAGGUCACAAUGGCAAUUGCUCGAGAAGUAGCAGCCAUAACACGAUUGGGUGUGGAGGUAGCUAUUGUUGUAGGAGGUGGUAAUUUCUUCCGAGGAGCAAGCUGGGUUGGUGCCAGUGGACUUGAUCGUGCAUCAGCCGACCAGAUAGGCAUGAUGGCCACUGUUAUGAACGCUAUAUUUCUUCAGGCCUCAAUGGAAAGUAUUGGCGUGCCCACACGUGUGCAGACUGCCUUCAGAAUGAAUGAGGUUGCAGAGCCCUAUAUACGCAGGAGAGCCAUUCGUCAUUUGGAAAAGGGCAGAGUUGUCAUCUUCGGUGCUGGCACAGGCAACCCAUUCUUCACUACAGAUACCGCAGCUGCCCUUCGAGCUGCUGAAAUUGGUGCAGAGGUGGUGCUGAAAGCAACAAACGUGGACGGUGUGUAUGAUUGUGAUCCAAGGAAGAACAAAGACGCUACUUUGCUAAAGCAUGUCUCAUACCGGGAAGUUGCUAUUAAAGGUCUCUCAGUCAUGGACAUCACGGCCAUCACUCUCUGUCAAGAGAACUGCAUUCCUGUGGUUGUGUUCAAUUUGAGCAAGGCAGGCAACAUCUCAAAAGCUCUAAGUGGAGAGAGAAUUGGGACGUUGAUUGAUGUUGGCAUGGGAAAUCAAAUGAUAUAGGCAGUUUUUCUUGCAAACAAGGACUGUGUUGCCAGGAAUCUGGCCAAGUUAUUAUUUGGAUCUCUUUCAGAAAUUUGUUCAUAUUCAUUUUUGUACCCUUCUUUGUGAUAUCUGGGUACCCAUCCCAAUCUUAAUACAAAUUCAUAUUGAUGUCAAACAUUGUGACAAGGUUUGCAUCUAUUUCUUAUCUUUAAA